UGAGCCAGGGCGGCGUUACCAAGUCUCAGGACACGGCAGCCGUGGCGCCUAGUGCCAGCUCACAGGUGCAGCAGCCACGGCUGUUGCCACACCCCGCAUGUCCAGGGCUCGACUACCCAUCUGGAUUCAGCUUCACUGCGACAGAAGUAUCCGCACCAGUGAUAACAGCAGCUCCUAGACAUACUGAUGCACCGCACCGUCGUGCCCAGCAUGUUCCAGCAGACCCCCGGCUCAUUCGACUCAUUCAAUGCGCCGGCUACAGGCAUGGGCGUGCCUUUGUCAAACUACCGGCUCUCUGCUGUCAACUCAUCGGAGUUCAAGAACCCGGGCACGGAUCCAGCAGUGUCAGAAACUACAAAUAUGCCGCACAUACGUCCAGCACAUGAAUCCUUGUUCAGCAGCGGCCUAUUCCUGGGUGCAUCUGCCAAGCUCCAUCCGACCCUGCGAACAAGCUCCGGAAUCUUUUCGAACGUACGUGGCACUGACCACUCGGCGUUCCCACAGAUUUCGCUAGAUCACAAGGGCACAAACAACUCCGCGCCAAAGUCCAACCCAAUAGACUGCCGCAGCAGUACCACAAGUAGCCAGAGCAGCGAUUACAGCAACGAUGAUACCAAGACAGCUGGGUACGGCGGCAGCACAGGCAAUGCGCAGUUUGUGAAUCCGAAAACAGGCAUGUUCAGCCUAGCCGCCCGAAAUCGCUACUCCGACACACCUGCACAAUGGUUCGUCACCGGAGGGUACGCGCCUGGGGCUCGAGAUCUCGUUCCCACAGCCGCUGCGCAGUACUCUACUUCAUAGCAUCACUACUCCGGGUGAACAGUGGCCGGGUCUUGCAUCCAUGGAUAUUGGCAUGGGGCAUCAACCGACUCAUGCCACACCUGGCGCAAAUUCUGCAGCCAGACCUGACCACCCGCGCGCCGUCGUUUAAUAUCUAUGUAUCUCUGCGUCUAUAUACCCUACCUCCACUUUUCAUUGUCGCUUUUUCUCCUCCAUUCCUUGUUCCUGAGAGCCACUUCUUUUUACAAAACACAAUAGCAUAUUUCUAAAGACAUGGUGCCGUGCAAGUCGGGACUCAUCCACCGCUAACAGGCGGAAUAAUGGCAACCUCGUCGCCUUCCUUGACAGCAACCAGCGCCAGGUCGUCUUCCUCUGCAUACUCUUCGUUGACUGAGAGCAUGGCUGUCUGAAGGACACGUUCGAGAGCUGGAUAGCGCUGAGUAAG